GCGGGACCGCGGCUGGCAGACGGGCUUUCAGGCGGCCCUGGCCGGGGAAGAGGAGUUGCAUGUGUCGCUUCAGCUGGCGGUAGUGGCGGGAGCGGAGGCGGCGGGGGCUGUGCGACCGCCUGGGUUUGUGAGAUGGCUGCUGAUAUUUCUGAAUCCAGUGGGCAUGAUUGCAAAGGAGAGCCGAGGGGCAAUACCAAGUUAGAUGCAGACUACCCACUUCGAGUCCUCUACUGUGGAGUCUGUUCAUUACCAACAGAGUACUGUGAAUAUAUGCCUGAUGUUGCUAAAUGUCGACAGUGGUUAGAGAAGAAUUUUCCAAAUGAGUUUGCAAAACUUACUGUAGAAAAUUCACCCAAACAAGAAGCUGGAAUUAGUGAGGGUCAAGGCACAGCAGGGGAAGAGGAAGAGAAGAAAAAGCAAAAGAGAGGUGGAAGGGGUCAAAUAAAGCAAAAAAAGAAGACAGUACCACAAAAGGUUACAAUAGCCAAAAUUCCCAGAGCAAAGAAGAAAUAUGUAACCAGAGUAUGUGGCCUUGCAACUUUCGAAAUUGAUCUAAAAGAAGCACAAAGAUUUUUUGCUCAAAAAUUCUCCUGUGGUGCCUCAGUAACAGGAGAGGAUGAAAUCAUCAUUCAGGGAGACUUUACAGAUGACAUAAUUGAUGUCAUUCAGGAAAAAUGGCCAGAGGUGGAUGAUGAUAGCAUCGAAGAUCUUGGAGAAGUAAAGAAGUGAUUUUGAAAAUUGUCUCUAUUUAAUGAUUUGAACUGAGAGUUGAUAUGGCCAAAGGGAGAGAGGCCUUUUAAAAAUAUAUAUAUUUAUCCUACAGUGAAACUGUAGACCACCCUCACCCUUGGCAUUGUCACUGUUCUGUAUAAGGCUGCUUGUUUUUUUUAUUGCCAAAGUCUAAUAAACAGGGGAGACUGUCAUGCUUAUGCAUGAAAUAGAAUUUAGUCAAAUAAAAGUUUUUGGUCAUUUGGUACUGACUUUUCUCUUUCUCUUUUUAACUUUUUAGUUUUGGAAAAACACUAGAUUUUUUGUGCAAAGCCUUUCUGUUUAUUAUCUUAAAAUAACCCCAAUUUAAAGAGUCAGUUUUCUUAAAAUAAUCAUGAUUUAAUUAAAUCAUGAUUUGAAGCUGAGUAAUGUUUUAAAGAAUUUGAAUUUUGGCUUCAUCACCAUUAACGAUUGUCUCCUUGCUUCUUUGGUGUGAUAGUUUCGAGAUGCCUUGGCCCCUAAUAGAUUUGUGGUUGAAUUUGCUUCAUUGUUACCAACCAAGUCCACUUCGUGGUCAUAUUCACUUAAUGUUGGUGGGAGUUGUUCACAUUCUGGAGAUUAUUUGGUAAAGUUUACUAAAGCCUUAAAACCAUCCGCAGUCUGACCCAGUAAGCCACUUAGUUGACAUUAUCCUAAAGAUAGAAUCAUUCUUGCUUAAAACUGUGGGUGAGGGUGUUCAUCACAGUGUUUCUCAUAAAAAAAUUGCAACUGUAUAAAUGAACAAUUGGGAAAUGGUUAGAGUAUGAUGGUGCACCAUAUGAUAGACUAUUUGUAUAUUUUUAGAUAUUUUCCAAGAAUACUUUGGAAACAUGUUUGGUGAUGUUAAGUAGGGGAGUAGACUACCCCAAAUCCAUUUUAUAUAAUUAUCACCCCAUUGUUUUGAGUGAAAGACCAUUCAGAGAUGCUGUGAGUUCUUAUUCUAGCUAUUAAUUCUGAGAAUAAAAUUCUACCCAGUUGAAAAGAAUAUAAACUCAUACUCUCUCAAAAUAUAUAUAGGUAGUCUGGGAAAUAACAAUUGAAAUGAGUCUUUCUCACAAGAGAAACAGUGACCAUGAAUUUUAAUGAAUGCACUAAAUGAAUUUCAACUUUGUUUUUAUAAAGGUCUUAAGUCAGGUGCUACAAAUUGAAAAGAAGACUCCUGGUGUUUUAAAUUGCUAUAGACACCUUUAAGAAAUUUAGAACCCAUUGUUUAUUGCCCUACAAAUGACAACCUUGAAUGAAUGAGUGGUUUUUUUAAAUAAUUAAAAUCUUAAAAAAAAUGUGUGAGAAAGAUGCAAAUGAAGAAAAUGAAAUUUUGCAUUAACUGAAUUUUACUAAAUAUGAGUAUCUGAUGAAGCAAAUUUAUCCAUCAAGACCAUUUGGUAUGUGUUGUGUAUGUAUUCUGUUGGUGCUGGAAGAUGUCUAUGUGCCUGUAUCGACCAUGUGACUUCAUGUAAAGGUUCUCAAUGUUCACAGUUGUUGCAAAUGCAGUUUUAAUCCAUAUAAAGCCCGCAGUGGAUGUUACUGCAGGAUGACGGAGGAUUAAAAUUGUCCUUGUGUA